UUCAAUAUGUUGACAAGAAAGAUAAGAGCCCAAAAUACGUUAUAUGAAUUUCACGUUCCAACUUCAGUUACUUUGAAACUCGUGCUCUUAUUUCAUGUAUAAAACUUAAUGCUAUAAAGUGAAUAGGCCAUAUAAGGUAUUUAACGAACAUUUUAAAACAUAACAAUGAACAUUCAAAAGUGUGAGUGUAAAGAAAAUCGUCCACCCAACACUGGACGAUGCUUCACCUGUUCGUCGAAUUCGCAAAAAAAGGCUCCGGAUAAUUUUAAAGUUCCUAAUUUACCUUCUUCUUCACGUCGUCCACAGACUGAAAAGAUCAAAACCAAUGAAGUUGCUAAACCUGAACUUAACAGAGACGUUAAGAAAAAGGUAUGGACAUUAUCUGAUUUCGAUUUGGGAAAACCUCUCGGUAAAGGAAAAUUCGGUAACGUGUACUUAGCUCGCGAGAAAGAGUCGCACUAUGUCGUUGCCUUAAAAGUAUUAUUUAAAAGUCAAAUAAUGGAUUCAGAAAUAGAGCAUCAAGUGCGCCGAGAAGUUGAGAUCCAAUGUCGGCUUCGUCAUCCUAAUAUAUUGCGAAUGUAUGGAUAUUUUCAUGACGAAAAGAGAGUUUAUUUCAUUUUAGAGUAUGCAAAAUAUGGGGCGCUUUAUAAACUGUUGAAGGACCAAGAGAGAUUUGAUGAGAGAACUGCUGCUAUCUGUGUGAGAGAUUUGACCAGGGCUUUACUAUACUGUCAUACCAAGAAAGUUAUUCAUCGCGACAUAAAACCUGAGAACUUACUUGUAGGGUCUAACUAUGAGCUGAAAAUAGCGGAUUUUGGUUGGUCAGUACAUUCACCUUCUUCAAGACGUAUGACUCUUUGUGGUACACUAGAUUAUUUGUCACCUGAAAUGAUUGAAGGGAAGCCUCACAGUUAUCCUGUUGAUAUUUGGAGUCUAGGUGUGUUAUGCUAUGAGCUGCUGGUAGGGUUGCCACCUUUUGAUGCCAAAGAUUCACAUCAGACUUAUAAAAAAAUCAGAUAUGUUAUAAUUAAGUAUCCUGAUUUUGUUUCUGAGAAAGCGAAGGAUCUAGUAGGUAAACUUCUUGUAAUAAAUCCAGAUCAAAGACUGCCCUUGACUCAAGUUUUGAAGCAUCCCUGGAUAUUAGAGAAUGCUCCAGAAGGUGCCAAACCAGUAUUUAGUAAAUUGGAACAAAAAUAGCUUUAAUUAUUAUUUUUGCAAAGUAAAGUCAUAUCUUACUUUGUUAUUUUUGUAUUAUAAACUUUUUUACA